AUGCUGCGGGGUUCUGUAUUUGUAGCGACUAGCGUGUACAGUAUGGCAAGACAACGACAAAGGUUGGCGGAGAGAGAAGGAACAACAGAUGAACAUAAACCAAGGAGACCUAAAAAGGAACCUUCUUCACAAACAUGGAUUACUGCUCGGCUUUAUCUACUGGGUGGAUUAGGAAGGCGGAACUUUGGUAUUCAGUCUAUUCUUGAUCGGUCAGUUAAUCUGACCACAAGCUUUGUAAAGCGGAGAGGAGGAUUACACGGUGGGGAUUGGUCAAAUAGGAUUUCGGUUCAACCAAUCAAAAAGAAGGACGCAAAUACAGAGAUUGGUUUGAUGUACUAUGUAGCACUAGAGGAGGGUAGCGAGGCCAACCUCCAGCCUGUUCUAGCAGAGGAUGGGUCUCUUCAAGAGAUUAGAGGACAGUCAAACGGUCUCGGGGCUUGGAGGCUUUGGUGGAAGGUAAUUGAAAUUAGUAUUGUUCUCCUAGAUCAUGAAGGUCCGGUUACAUUAGAUAUUGUGUUUGAGAGUGGAAGUAAUCAUGAUAGAGAAAACAGUCUUGUAGAUAUCCAUUAUACAAGAGCUUUAUCGGACUGGAUCGACAAGUUUGAGCUACGUUUUGAGCAAACAUUUCAUUUAGGAAAUAAGAAUUUCAAUUCGAGUGCAAUAUCCUUUGCUCAAUCUGCUCUCAGCAAUAUGGUGGGUGGGAUAGGAUACUUCCACGGAUCUAGUAUAGUCAAGUCUAAGUACAACGCUGCCCCUGUACCGUACUGGGAUGCGCCACUGUACACUGGUGUACCGUCACGUAGUUUCUUUCCUCGUGGAUUUCUCUGGGAUGAAGGGUUUCAUAAUCUUCUCAUUUCGCGCUGGGACAGAGAUAUAUCUGGAGAUAUACUGGCUCACUGGAUGGAUUUACUUAAUACAGAGGGAUGGAUACCAAGGGAGCAGAUAUUAGGAAAGGAAGCAAGAGCGAAGGUUCCAGAUGAAUUCGUAGUACAACAUAACAGGAACGCUAAUCCUCCAACCUUGCUCCUCACCCUGCACAAGAUCGUCGGAGAGCUGGAGGAGGGGAUGAACGACUGGUGGAGGGAGUACCUGAGGCGAAUGUGGCCUAGAUUGAUCACGUGGUAUGGGUGGUUCAAUACUACGCAGGUUGGAGAAACCCGAGGAACGUACAGAUGGAGGGGGAGGAAUGCUUCAGCUAUCAGGGAGCUGAAUCCUAAAACUUUAACCUCUGGAUUAGAUGAUUAUCCACGAGCUUCUCAUCCAACUAAGGAUGAACGACAUCUUGAUUUGAGAUGUUGGAUGGCACUAGCCUCAAAACUUAUGGCAGAUAUAGGACGACUACUUGGUCGGGCGGAUUAUCAAAAGUUUGAGAAAACUGCCAACUUCUUAUACAAUAAUCAAUACCUGGAACUCAGGCACUGGUCACAGACCCACCAGGCCUUCUUGGACUGGGGUCUGCAUACUGAUGAGGUAUCUCUCCAGCGCCCUAAACCACCCCCGGGGGGACACCGACACCACUCUCCGGAGAAAACUAGACACGCCAUGUCGGAUCCCCAACUAGGGUUCGUCAACUCCUACGGAUAUGUUUCCUUGUUCCCGUUUCUCCUGGAGAUAUUAGAACCUAACAAUCCUAAACUAGAAAUCAUUCUCAAGGACCUACUGAACCCUGACCUUUUGUAUACUCCCUACGGAUUGAGAUCGCUAGCCAAGUCUGCCCCUCUCUACAUGAAGAAGAAUACUGAACAUGACGCGCCCUACUGGCGAGGACCCAUUUGGAUCAACAUCAACUACCUGGCGAUUCGCGCGCUGCAUCACUACGCGCAAAGAGAGGGUCCGUAUAAGGCGCUUGCUGGUGAGGUGUACAAGACGUUGAGAGAAGGUGUGGUGAACAACGUGAUGAAGGAGUACUACAGGACUGGGUAUAUCUGGGAACAGUAUAAUGAUAGGACUGGGGAGGGGCAAGGGUGUAAACCCUUUACAGGCUGGUCAGCUUUAACUGUUCUUAUCAUGGGAGAAACUUACUGAUUAAACUUAUCUGAGUUGGGAACUUUUGAUGGGGCUGCAAAGCCAAAACUUGACAGAAACUUUUGGAUUCAAGAACUUGGCUUGUUUUAAUGCCGACUUCUUUCUUGUCACGGUUGUAUUAUUCAGACAUCUGCGUUGACCAAUUAGAGGCGUGAAAAAUGGUUUAUAAAAGAGUUUCUGGAGGAGGGGGAGAGAAGUUACUUAACCCUUCAUUUAAAAGUUUUUGGCUUUGUUUUCCAUUAUUCUGUGAUACGGAUACAUGGAUUCUUAAUAAUAUUUAAGAGUUUUGAUGGACAGCAUUUUAAUGCGUCUUAUAUAUUGUCUUACAUAUCUUGAAUAUUAAAUUGAUUAGAACAAUCUUAAACCAGUUUUUCUCUUAUUUGGAUUCUUUUCUCUCAAAAAUACAAUUCUUUUUCAAUUUAUUACUGUACUGUGAUACGUUAAGUUAUUCUUUUUUCGUAAAUUUUGUUAAACAUUUUUAAUGGUUGUAGUUCUUUGUUUAAAUUGUAUAAAUUAUAUUAAUAUGUAUGGUUUUUUUAUUGUUCACCCUUUUCUUCCGUUUUGUUCAGAAUAAUCCUGUUAUCAUUCAUGAGCACUUGUAUUUGAUUUGUGUGAUGUUAAUAAUUGUAAAAUAUUUCAGA